AAUAUCAAGUAUUAGAUAUGUGUGACGAGACUCUUCCAGCGGCCAGAUAUAUUAAAUAAUUUUAAUUAUUCUCCUUUACACGUGUAUCGGUGGAAACGCUGCCGCUACUUUAUAACGAUCCGCGCGUCGAGUGGUGGUAUUGCUUGGUUUGUGUCAACCGCACGUUGACUUUUUUUACGUUGGCCAAUCUGUCAAGUUUUAUCGUGGCAAGUUCACGUUACGAAAAAUUCCGGGAGGUCUUUCGUACGUUUCGAUCCUCUGGGAGGCUCACGCGAGCAAAGCUGGCUCUUACACUCCAUCCUUUGAGGAUCGUUUUUCGUGGCCGAAAUCCAUUGACCGCAGCAUGUCAACGAUAGACGAGGCCUUCGAGACUUGGGAGGAGAUGAUUGAGUCUGGGGCACUGGAUAAAGCAUUAAGUGCACUUCAGACAAAUACCCUGGAAGGACUGGACGAAAUCGAAAGCCCUAGCAGCAUUCAAUCUAAUGAUCUUUGAACAGAAAAGUUUCUUGGUCGUCCAAAAAUCCAAUGCUUUAAUACAUUCCAGCCUUACAACAAACCACAAUUCUAGUCCCAGAAUGGUAGUUCUGGGAGAUGACGCAAUGAGAUCACAAUAUGUACCUCCAAAACCAACAGUGAAAAUACUAAAGAGGCCAACAAGAGACUCGCAAGGAAGUGGAGAUGGACCACUGACGAAUGGAGACAAUAAACCAAAGCAGCCUAUAAAGUCUUUAAAACAGAGAGAGCAAGAGUACGCUGAGGCUCGUAAACGAAUUCUUGGGGAGGAAAGAAAUCCAGAGGAAAAACUACUGCCAGAAGUGAAUAAGAUCCAACCAAAGCCUUCCAAUUCAGGAAGUAGCAAUGUUCCAAGCAACGUCGUCCGCAUGCCUACCGGACCUGACGGAAGCAAAGGGUUCAACGUCCGUAGGUAGCGCGCCAGUCAGGGAUCAUCCCUUAUUACCCAUCUACUCUCUCUCCUCUCUCCUUGCCUGCACGGAGACGGAGAGAAGCGGCUAUGAGGCCGACAGCAGCGAGCAGCUUCCAGCUCCACGUCAACCUGGAGCAUUCUGCACGGAGCACUCUGCUCCCCAAGUAGGAGCCUCUGUAGCGCUGCUCCUGCAGGCCAUAGGUGUAGUGUCGGAUUGGACUCCCGAAAGACAAAAGUCGAGAGAUAACCAAUGCCACGUGAAAUCACCGCAAGCAUGACACUCUUCAUUAUUGCCAGGAUCAUUAAAAGUUCCGUUAUGUUCUGUUACACCGAACGAGAGAGACCUUCGAUUUGAGAUACGACGAUACCGAAGUAAAAUUCAAGCACGGCGACGCGCAGCUAUUUGUCACACUUGGAUUGUAUUUCGUUGAUAAAGUACGGACGUUCUCUUCAAUUUUUAUAUUUUUUAUGGAUGAAUCUUCUCCAUAUAGAUCAAUAAUAAAGAAAUCUUCCUGUUGCGUUAUAAAGAUAUAA